CGUGAUUUUCUCGUUAUAAAAAUAAGAAGGAAGAGUGAUUCAAAUCUGAAGCUGAACCCUAACUAGCUGAGCAGACGGAGGAGAACUCGACUGAAGCUGCCUCUGCGACGCCGUUUCGAUUCAGCCUCAGACAUUUCUGUUGCAGUCAUGGUGCAAGAAAAUGGCAAGAGGAAGAAACCAAACAUUCUGGUGACUGGCACACCGGGGACAGGAAAGACAACUGUGUGCACUGCUCUAGCUGAAGCCACCCAGCUCUGCCACAUCAAUGUCGGAGAAUUAGUCAAAGAAAAGAACUUGCAUGAUGGAUGGGAUGAUGAGCUUGAUUGUUACCUUCUUAAUGAAGACUUGGUUUGUGAUGAACUUGAGGAUGUUAUGGAAGAGGGGGGAAACAUUGUGGACUACCAUGGCUGUGAUUUCUUUCCUGAGCGUUGGUUUGAUUGCGUGGUUGUACUUCAAACUGAUAACACCAUUCUGUAUGACCGUUUGAGUAGGAGGGGGUACAAAGAUUCAAAGCUUUCGAACAAUAUUGAAUGUGAAAUCUUCCAAGUUCUGCUUGAGGAGGCUAAAGAAAGUUACUCGGAGGAGAAAGUGAUUGCAAUGAAGAGUGAUAAUAUAGAAGACGUUAGUAGAAAUGUGGCAACUCUUACAGAUUGGGUCAGAAAUUGGUCUUUACCCUCACAUUCUUAACAAAAAAAUGAGUACUUUGUAUAUACCUUUCUGCUUGAGUAUGGUGAAAGUAUCACGAUGAACUGCUACCUGAAGCAGAUCUGCAGUGUGGUUGAAUUCUCUUGCAAAUUUUGGUGUGGCAUGUAUUUGUGGCAUUUUAUGUGAUGGGUUUUAAAUUUGACAAUUGAAAGGUAACUUUUACCAAGUUGUGAUAAUGAGUUUCAAAUAGUUAAGGGAAAAAUUACCUUGUUAGAUCUUGUUUAAAAAACCUCCCUUUAUAUAGAGCUACCAAACUGUAGAAACAUUA